CACAACGUGAAAUGUUUGAGAUUUCUUCAAAAAAGCUGUAUGAUAUUUUUCACUGACUUAAUUGAGGCUUUUGCUGUAAAUAGGCCGAAUCCUACAGUGGAUAGCAGCUACACACUUCUCUAAUAUAUCACGGUGCUGUACAUGUCUCUAUAAACAUAAACACACAUACAUACAUACGUCCAUGUUUACACCAUCGUUUCUAACGUACGCACAUAACACAAUUGAAGCCAGGCCAAGGAGUAAGUACCUGACUAAACCAAAAACAAAAAAAAAAACAAGCCAACGACUACAAUGGGCACAUGCAACACCCGUCCGCCGUUGGCAUGGUGCACGAAAGCCCAAACGAAAAAUAUUUUCACUAUACCAUACACUAUUACCACCAUAUUGCAGUUAUUUUCAACUCAGCCGUAAUACAGGCAGGAUAUCCAUUCACUUUUGCCAAUUGGAUUUGUGAAUGCGCAAAAGUGUCUAAAAGGCCAAUGUAGUGCAAAAGUGCAAAAAGAAACGAAAUGCUCAAAAUGCGCGCUUAAGCGCUAAAAAGAAAAACAUAUCAGCGGUUUUAAAGUGAAAAGCUUCAGAUUUUAAAUAAAUUUGAGAAUGAUAUUGCUCAAGAAAAGACGAUCGCAAAGUGAAAGUCGAAAAGUGGAACAUUCCCAAAAAGAAGCGCAACCGUUCGAUAAUUACGCCGAUGGUGACGGACAUUACCGAAACAGAGUGAGGCAUCAACGGCAAAUAACUCCAGAACUACAAAAACAAAUAAUACAAAGUUUUGCAUUUGGAGACACAACGAAUAGCUUGGAGAGGCGAAAAACAUCGGCACAAAUGAUUAGCGAAGCCAAAUCAAUGUUGGCGGAGAUCUCAACAACGAACGUGAUGCAUAGCAGUAGUGAUGGCGGAAGCGGUGGCAGUAAUCGCAUAGCGAUUGGUGGCGUGCGAGUGGUCAGCACGCGUCGACCCAUCACGCCACGUGAGCCUGGACGUGCGCUCUAUGGCAAGGUCGCAUUGGCCGGCAGGCCGCCCAGCGCAUUUUCGUUACGUUACUUGCAAAACGAAAGCCAACGACAUGCGCCUAAGACACCCGCACUACAGCCAAUACCGGUCCAGCAACAGCCACAGGAAGUCAAUGAACCGAAUGCAAAUGACUUUGAGCAGCAACAAAUAAGACGACGCGCGUCAAGACGUUCAAAUUCGUGGGACGAGCGCUGCGAUUACAAUGAAGUGAAUUCCGGUGGAGCAGGUGUUGGUAUUGGUAUGAGCGGUGGCGGUGGCGGUGGCACGGGUCAAGCGAAGCAAAUACCAAGGAAGUUGCCUGCUUUAGAGGUUAGGGGCGUAUCGCUAGAGGCUAAGCAACGCACCGAUGCCUCCGCAAAUAGGGAACAUUUCAAAGUUAAGCAGGGUAGCAGCGAAAACAGCUCCUUGGAUUUGAGUGGCUCAAAUAAGGCGAUCAAUAUUUUAAGUACACGCAAGUUUCAGCAACGCAAUUGCCAUUUAUUGGCACAAUCCCCCACUGAGAAGUUGAUCGGACUUUUGAAAGAGCAUGGUGGCCUCAAGGAAUGCUCCGAUGAGACAGCAAAUCAUAUUAAUUCGAUUCUUGUCGAACUCUACACGCGCGUACGCAAGAAUGAGAAACACUACAAGCGCGGCUUCAUACUUGGCGGUCUCUACGGGUUGGUAGAGUGCUCUUCGCCGAAAAUAUUAUUGGGCGUGGCACGUGUAGUGCUAGCCUUACGCGUCACCGGCAGCAAUUUGACUGGCGCCUGCAAACUUAUCUUCAAAGUUGCGCGCAACGAACAAAAUGACCAACUUUUCCACGAUAACGACCUUCUAGAAUUACUGAUCGACGGCUUGGGACGUGCCAGUCCGCUAGAUGACCCAGAGGCAUGCAUUUAUGGCUAUGGAUCUAUACGUUUCCUCACCAGUAGCACCGGCCAGGAUAGAGGCGUGGAUGUAAUGCCUAGUAAGGACACAAAUCGCAAUUGGGCAGAAUGUUUGGAAUUACCACGCAAGCCAGCUACUGCACCAGCACCUGGCGCUGAUUUGAAACAAGCGCUGGAACAAUUACAACAGGAUCGUUAUCAGAAGCUGAGCAAGCAAAAUUCGCUUGUAGAACGUUUGGCACGUCACGGUGCUGUGGAACUAAUGGUGUUGCAUUUACAAAUUUUGAAUGAGGCCGGCGCAACACAAAAGCUAACUGGAUCGCCACUGCAUUCGUUGUAUCAAUUGUCUGCCGCUUUGCGUGCGCUGUCCGAUGUGCGGCAGACGACAAAUUCCAUGGAAAAGGAUUUGAAUGCUUCGGUACGCACAGACUUGCCAACGACGCAGGAAGCGGGUGUUAUGCAACAACAGAGCAUACAAUUGGAGAUGGCGUGUCCACAUUUGGUGCGUGCUGCAGAGGUGGCGACUGGUGAGCUGGAAGUGCAGGCAAAUAUUGUGCGCACUCUCAGUGUGCUAUCCGAGGACAGCGAUUGUUGCCACGUGUUGGUCAACUUUACGGCACGCAUUGGCAUGCUUUUGGGUCCGUGUUGCGAGAUCUUUGAUAAUGCUUCUGAAAAAUUGCUGUCACUAUUCAGUAGACUGGGCUACAUACUCGGCAAUAUUAUGGCUAAAUACGAUAACGCUCGGGUGCAGUUCUUUCACAACGAUGUGGCAAUGCAGUAUUUGCUGCGCGUACUGGAACUCUACUCCAAAGAGCCUUUGACACUCCACAACUCGCUGGGCGAUACGGUGAUCGAUGUGCUCGUUAAAAUGAUACGAGUCGUCGCAAAUAUGAGCGUGAAUGCCGAGGUUGGCAUUGGUUUGGGAAAUACACACAAUCUGGGCAUCAUCAUGCUCAAUCUAUUGAAUGCCAUUACACACAUGAAGGCCAUACAAUUGAAGAGCGACUUGCAGGAAUUGUUGCAUGCCACACUGGGCGCACUACACAAUCUAUGCUUCUAUCAGGAACAGAAUAACACACCGGCACAAGUGCUCGCAGCCAAGGGUUCAUUGCAAUGUGUGCUCGGCGAUUUAGCCACAGCACUCUUCUACGCGCUGAAGUCUUGCCGCGACGAAGCAUCACAAGUGGAGACGGCUCGUGUAUUGGGCAAUUUGACACGCAACGACAAGGCACGUCGAUACUUCUGCCGCAACGGCGGCCUGGCGCUGAUCGUACAACAGCUGUCCGCAACAAAUGCCAGCCAGGCGUACGAUUUCAAGGCCUGUGCCAUUGGUGUGCUCGUCAACUUGCUGGGCGAUGCUGAAAAUCGUGCGCCAUUCAUGCAGCAUAAAGGCCCAGAGCUAUUGCACACGUUGCUGGGUGCUGCGUUACAGGAGGAAGAUUGGUUCUUGGCCACAAUCAUUUGUCAAGCAAUGUGGAAUCUGCUGAUUGACGCUAGCAAUGUGGCCGAUGUAUGCCAGGAGCAAAUAUUAGAUGAUAUUUGUGAUUUGUUGGUCGACUACUUGGAUGAGGAGCGUUUGUUUGAGCACAGCACACGGCCGGACGCGGUGUGGGAGGGAUUCGCGAUAGUGGCGACCGAUUUGCUGGAACGCAUUCAGGCCAGCUACGAUAAGCAAGAGCUGGAGGAGGCCGAAGAGGCAGAGAAGCAAAAACAGAAGCAGCAGCAGCAGCAAUUGAAAGCGAGAAAUGAUAAAAACAAUGGCGUAGACGAGGGGGAAGACGAUGAAGAUGACGUUGUUUACAUUGAAGAAAUGUGAAAUUUAAAUGAUUUAAAUGCGGGAAAUUUGUAUGAAUAAACAGCUUGAGCGAUAAAUCACUGUCCCACAACAAAACAAAAGAGCAAUAAAAAGGAAACUUAAAC